AUGGGGUGUCUCGAGAAGCCCGACAUGUUGCAGGAGGCGAAGCCGGAGCUGGUGGAAGCAGAGACUCCUAACGGGUCGAUCCCGGCACUGGCGCCGGAGGUCCGCCUCACCUGGCGCCGGUGGGUGAUCGUUCUGCUCUUCAGCUCCUACUCCUUCUGCAACGCGUUCCAGUGGAUCCAGUACGGCAGCAUCAACUUCAUCUUUGCCGGGUUUUACGACGUGACUCCUUUCGCUAUCGACUGGCUUUCCAUGUGCUACAUGGUGGUCUACAUCCCCCUCCUGUUCCCUGUCGCCUGGCUCCUCGACCUGAAGGGGCUGCGGCUCAUUGCCCUGGCCGGGUCCGCCCUCAAUUGCUUGGGAGCCUGGGUGAAGACGGGCAGCGCGGAGCCCCAUCUCUUCCCAGUCACGGUCCUGGGCCAGAUCAUCUGUUCCCUGGCGCAAGUCUUCAUCCUGGGCAUGCCGUCCCGCAUCGCGUCCGUCUGGUUUGGCCCCCGAGAGGUCUCAAGUGCCUGCUCCAUCGCUGUCUUUGGCAAUCAGCUUGGCAUUGCAGCUGGUUUCCUCCUCACCCCAGUUCUGGUUCCCAACUUGGAGGAGAAGGAAGAGCUGGCUUACCAUAUUGGCAUCAUGUUUUUUAUCACAGCGGGUGUGGCAACAGCACUUUUCAUCUUAGUUGUCUUUGUGUUUCAGGAAAAGCCUCCAUAUCCUCCAAGCCCAGCCCAGGCUGUGAUUAAGGCAGCAGCUCCAGAGGACUAUUCCUAUCUGAAAUCCAUUGUCCGGUUAUUUUCUAACAUUAACUUUGUGCUGUUGAUAGUCACUUAUGGCUUAAACACGGGUUGCUUCUAUGCCAUCUCAACUUUGCUAAACCGCAUGGUAAUGCUGCAUUAUCCAGGAGAGGAUCUGAAUGCUGGUCGAAUUGGUCUCACCAUUAUAGUAGCUGGCAUGUUUGGAGCUUUGAUUUCUGGCAUCUGGUUGGACAGAACUAAAACAUAUAAACAGACAAUACUGGUUGUUUACAUCAUGUCAUUUGUGGGUCUGGUUGUUUAUACUUUUACCCUGGAUCUAGGUCAUAUCUGGGUGGUCUUCAUAACUGCAGGUGUACUGGGCUUUUUCAUGACGGGUUACCUACCUCUGGGCUUUGAAUUUGCAGCAGAGUUAACAUAUCCAGAAUCUGAAGGAACAUCAUCAGGCCUUCUUAAUGUUUCUGCACAGGUUUUUGGAAUAAUUUUCACCAUUAGCCAAGGACAGAUCAUUGAUAACUUUGGGACUAAAGCUGGGAACAUCUUCCUUUGCAUUUUCCUGUUCAUUGGUGCUAUUAUCACUGCUUUCAUCAAACCUGAUCUCCGAAGACAACAGGCCAAUCUGGAGAAUGAACAGGCUAGACUCCAAAGCAGUAACAGUCAGAUAAUGAAUUAUGGACUUUGUACCUUAUCCCCAUCAUUUCCCAUCCUUGCUCAGUAA